AUGUGGAAUAAAUCACAGGAACUAAUUAUGACUCAUUUUCUGUUGUUGCUGUUGUUUUUCUCCCUAGUGACCUAUGGGAUGACAAGUUCGAAUGCCUACUAUUACACCAAAGUCAUGUCUGACCUCUUCUUACAAUCUUCUUCCGACAACAGGAUCUCCUUCCAGUCCAUCGGGAGCAUGGCGGAUUUUUGGGCCUAUACACAGGGCCCCUUAUUGGAUAGUUUGUAUUGGACCAAGUGGUACAAUAACGAAUCCCUGGGCCAGAACACUCAGUCCUACAUCUAUUACGAGAACUUUCUGCUCGGGGUCCCGCGGCUGCGUCAGCUGAAGGUCCAGAACAACUCCUGCGUCGUGCACGAGGAUUUCAAAGACGACAUUUUUGGCUGCUAUGAUGUGUACAGCGAGGAGAAUGAGGACAAAGCUCCCUUUGGGCUCAUCAACGGAACAGCGUGGCAGUACCACACAGAGGAAGAGCUUGACGGUUCGUCUCACUGGGGCAGAUUAACGAGUUACAGUGGAGGAGGGUAUUAUGAAGACCUUAGGGUGACCCGGGAGGAGAGCGUUGCCGCCCUUCGAGUCUUGAAAGACAACCUGUGGCUGGAUCGGGGGACCCGCGUGGCUUUCAUUGACUUCUCCGUUUACAACGCCAACAUCAAUCUCUUCUGCGUGCUCAGGUUGGUGGUUGAAUUCCCGGCCACUGGUGGAGCCAUCCCCUCGUGGCAGAUCCGGACCGUCAAGCUCCUCCGGUAUGUCAGCCCGUGGGACUUCUUCAUUGUCGCCUGUGAGAUCAUCUUCUGCGUCUUCAUCUUCUACUACGUCGUGGAAGAGAUUUUGGAACUGCACAUCCACAGGCUUCGGUACUUCACCAGCAUCUGGAACAUCUUGGACAUCGUGGUCAUCUUGCUCUCUAUCGUGGCCAUUGGAUUCCACAUCUUUCGCACCAUGGAGGUCAACAGGCUGAUGGGGCAGCUCCUGAAGAACCCCAGCAUCUACGCCGACUUUGAGUUCCUGGCUUUCUGGCAGACCCAGUACAACAACAUGAACGCCGUCAACCUGUUCUUCGCCUGGAUCAAGAUAUUCAAAUACAUCAGUUUCAACAAAACCAUGACCCAGCUCUCUUCCACGCUGGCCCGCUGCGCCAAAGACAUCCUGGGCUUUGCUAUCAUGUUCUUCAUUGUCUUCUUUGCCUACGCACAGCUGGGAUACCUUCUCUUUGGGACCCAAGUGGAAAACUUCAGCACCUUUGUGAAAUGCAUCUUCACCCAGUUCCGAAUCAUCCUCGGCGACUUUGACUACAACGCCAUUGACAACGCCAACCGGAUCUUGGGGCCGAUAUAUUUCGUCACCUAUGUCUUCUUCGUCUUCUUCGUCCUGCUGAACAUGUUCUUGGCCAUUAUCAACGACACCUACUCAGAAGUCAAGGAGGAGCUGUCCAACCAGAAGAAUGAACUGCAGCUGUCCGACAUACUGAAGCAGGGCUACAACAAGACCCUCAUGAGGCUGAAGCUGAAAAAGGACCGGAUCUCUGAUGUGCAGAAAGCCCUGCAGAAUAGGACCAAGGAGCUCGAAUUUGAGGAUUUUAAAAACAGCCUGAGAGAGCUCGGCCAUGCUGAACACGAGAUCACGGCCGCCUUUGCGAAGUUUGACAAAGAUGGCAACCAGAUUCUUGACGAAGAGGAGCAGAAGAGGAUGAGGAACGACUUGGAGGAGAAGCGGGUGGCGCUGAACGCAGAGAUCGAGAACUUCGGGAAAUCUUUCAGGGGCGACGGCUUGGGGGAUACCCUGGCAAAGAACAAUCAAGCGAACAAGUCCCGCUCGGGAUCCGAGGAGGAGGAGUUCCACGUACUCCUGAGGCGGGUGCAACAGCUGGAGCACUCCAUUGGCAGCAUCGUGGCCAAGGUCGAAGCGGUGGGAAUGAAGCUGGAUAGCCUGGAAAGAAGCCAGGAAGAACUCAGCCACGAGGAUCUGAUCCGUCAAAACCUUGAGUGGGUCCCGGGAGAGGAAGACGGAGAAAAGGAGGUGCCGCGCACGGCAGGGAACGCCAACAUGAACUUGCUGAACAGCAGCCAUGCCAUCUACCCUGCCCUGCCCAAGACGGAGCUGCCGGGCUCUCAGAGGCCCAAGAAUAUCCCACUCCAGUCUAACGUGGACUUCUAG